UGUCGCUGUCAGUUACGUGGCCGCUGCGUGGCGUUUUUAAUUGGGUUUUGAUUUUGAUUUCACUUCAGUUCUUCAGUUAAGUCAACAUUUCUGAAACGUGUACUGUACAGACGGUGUAUGAUUGACUACAGGAUUGUCAUUACAUUACAAAUUUAAAUUAAAUCUACAGAAUGUAUAAAAAAAUUGCAGUUCUACUUCUGGCAGUAUUUGCUCUAGUAUCAUGUGAAUCUGAAGAAGACACAGGUCCGAGACUGCUGGUUUCGAAACAGAUUCUGAACAGAUAUUUAGUAGAAACUAAGGAUAUUGAGGUUAAGUACACUUUGUACAAUAUUGGAACCACAGCAGCUGUUAAUGUACAACUCGUUGACAAUGGUUUUCAUCCUGAAGCUUUCGAGGUUGUCGGAGGGCAUCUGAUAUCAAGAUUUGAUAGAAUUCCUCCACAGACUAACGUUACACAUGUUGUAGUAGUUCGCCCGUUGAGGUACGGAUAUUUCAAUUUUACAAGUGCAGAAGCUACAUACAAGACUUCCGAUGAUGCCUCGGCAAAAGUACAAGUGUCACUUAGCAGUGAACCAGGUGAGGGUGGCAUCAUAGCAUUCCGUGACUACGACAAGAAGUUCUCAUCUCACUACUGGGACUGGUUAGCUUUCGCUCUGAUGACUUCGCCGUCCCUGGCUAUCCCUCUUGCUCUGUGGUAUAGCAGCAAGAGCAAAUACGAGAAGUUAGCGAAACCCACUAAGAAGGCACAUUAGACUAGA